AUGGCGGCCCCCAUGGACGAGAGAAUCAAUGUACCCAUAGACGACCCCAACGCAGACACGGAAUGGAACGAUAUCCUGCGGAAACAUGGCGUCAUACCAGAAAAGCCCCCAUCCCCAACGCCUAUGAUCGAAGAGGCUAUCCUCGAAGGCCGACGACUUGCACAUGAGAAUCGUCUUGAGGGAAAGGAUCUGGAUGAGCUGGAUGAGCUUGAGGAUGAUGAGGAUGACGCGUUUUUGGAGAAAUACCGGAUGCAAAGGGUGAUGGAGAUGAACGCACUAGCACAGAAGUCCAAGCACGGCACUGUCUACCCGCUAUCCAAGCCCGACUACUCGAGAGAGGUGACGGAGGCAUCGAAGAGCGAGGUUGUGCUCGUGAACCUCACAUCUGGCUUGGGGACAAACGUGGAGAGUAGGGUUUUGACGGAGCUGUGGAGGGAUGCGGCGAGGGAGUUUGGGGAGAUCAAAUUCUGUGAGAUGAGAGGGGAUCAGUGUAUUGAGGGGUAUCCGGACAGAAAUUGCCCUACGAUCCUGAUUUACAAGGAUGGAGAUAUGGUUAAGCAGAUUGUGACGUUGGUCUUGCUGAAUGGAGUAAGGACGAACAUGAGCGACAUCGAUAGCAUCCUCCUCGAAGUCGGCGCUGUCAAGAGUAACGAUAUAAGGAUAUCGAAACGGAGGAGAGAGGCGGAGGACCAAGAUGAAGCUCCGAAACGCUCGGGGUUACGUGGCAGCACUCGCCCGGUGAACCAGGAGGACGAUGAGGACUGGGAAUGA